CCCCACAGUGAACACACGGCGGCACAGCGCGCCGCGUCCAGGAGAUUUUGACGCCCACUCGGUAGUGAGAGUGUGAGUGGCUUGUGGCCGCCGCGCCGCGCACAUGUCCUCCCCAGUGUAGUGCCCCGCGCCUCGGCAUCAUGCCCAGUGCCUUCGACCUCUUCGGACCGUUCGAAAACUCGCUCCGGAAUUACCACAAGCCGCAGUGGCGGGGGCGACCGUGCCCCCACGGCAUCCACGUCCCCGAGCAGUGCACCUGCGACACCCACCAUGAGUGUCAGCGCCCGCACUGCGCCAACGACGUGCCCCUCGAUCCCCUGUGCCGCCUCACCAAUGGCAUGCCCUUCGGCCCCAUGGUGUCCAUCACCGACACCUCCUCGCCCUCACACAAAUGCCACUCCAAUGGCUGCGGCCCCGCGGCGGCCACCUCGCCCACCUCGCCCACGGCGCCUACCAAGUCCCCCAGCACCUGCUCCGUGGUGGACCGCCUCUACUCCACCCGCACGCACGCCUCCGCCGCCAAGAUGCGGCCAAGCUGCUCCACGGCCCGCGGCGACGCUGGGGACGACGCCCCCAGUGAGGGCAAGGCUGGCGGGCGCCUCAUCUCGCAGCUGAUUGGCGACCAGGCCGUGAGCGGCCACGACCGCACCCGUCGUGACGGCGCUUCGCCCUCCCCCACCAGGCGGGCUCAGAGCACUGGGGGUUGGCGCGCCCAGGCCUCCCCGCCAGCUCCCACCGAGCUCCUGCCGAUGCAGUUCAACCCGCCGCGCCGCUCGGCGUCCUCCCACGCCGCUGUCAAGACCGCCAAGACCGCCAAGACCGCCGCCCGGCGCGUCAAGAGCAGCGAGAGUGACGCCUCCUCCAGCGAGCUGUCCUCUUCCCCAGAUACCUCGCCCUCCUCCACGCCCGCCACCACGCCCGCCAUCACGCCCGUCUCCACGCCUUCCGUCACGCCGAGGAAGCACUUGUCACCAAAGAACAGCGGCAACCAGCUGCUGCCCGCCAAGAAGGCCGCCGCCAAGAAGGCCGCAAAGUCCACGCCUGGGCGCCCCUCGGCGGUGUUCUGUGGCGGGCGCGGCACUCUACGCCCCGCGCCCCUCAACAAGAGCGCCAGCGAUGGCGUGGAGAGGCAGCGCAAUAAAGCAGCACAGCGUGCUGUCAAGGCACGGGGGCCGCCGCCCCUCAGAAAGGAGCAGCAGGCGGGGCAGCAGGAGGCGGCGGAGGGACAGCUGAGGGACAGGGUGACGCGCGUUUCCUCAGACUCGCGGGUGGAUGAGCUGCUGGCCCAGGCCUUCAUGGCGCUGGAGAGCCUCACACCAGAGCAAUCGGGUGGGGGCGCCGUGCCCCACGAGCGGCCCACCAGCCCCUCCUCGCCGCAGCACGCCCACGACCACCUGCGUCGCCUGGCCAUCGCCCACGCCCGCAAGGAGAACGGCAAGAGCUACAAGGAUCUCACGCACAUCCUGCAGGAGAAGAUGGAGGAGCUGGAUGAGGCCAUGGCGCGGUCGGAGGAGCAGGUGGCGGCGGCGCGGGCGUGGCUGGAGGCUGAGCGGGUGUGGCUGGUGCAUCGCGGCGGCUUCUGUGCGGCGCGGCAGCUGCGGGAGACAGACGCUGGGGUGGCGCUUCCCGAGGGGCGUGUCAGGUUGAAGUUAGAACACAACGGUGAUGUCAUAGAAGUAGAUGAAGAUGAUGUGGAGAAGGCCAACCCACCACCGUACGAUCGCUGCGAGGACCUGGCACAGCUGCGGUACCUUAACGAGUCUUCUGUUCUGCACACACUACGGCAGCGCUAUGGCUCUAACCUCAUCCACACGUACGCCGGAGCUGCCAUGGUCGUCAUUAACCCCACCAGCCCCCUCGCCAUCUACUCUGAGAAGGUCAUACAGAUGUUCAAGGGAUGCAAGUUGGAGGACAUGCCACCACACAUUUACUCAGCAGCCCAGGCGUCUUACCGUGACCUUCUGGCAACACGGAGGGACCAGAGUGUUGUGUUCCUCGGGCGUUCAGGAGCCGGGAAGACCACCAACUUCCGGCACGUCCUUCAUUACUUGGCACUGGCUGCUGGGACGACUAAUAAGAUCCUGACUGUUGAGAAGCUGAAUGCGAUAUCGACUCUCCUGGAGGCGUUCGGAAACAGUCGCACCGUCAUGAACACCAACGCCACUCGCUUCACACAGAUCUUCAGCCUCGAUUUUGACCACUCAGGACAGAUCGCUUCAGCCUCAGUCCAGGUGUACAUGCCGGAGAAGACUCGGGUGGUGAGGCGUCCUGAGGGGGAACCAAACUACCACAUCUUCUACCAGCUGCUCUCAGGGGCUGACUCAGAUCUACGGAGGACCCUUGGCCUGGAGAACCUGUCUGAGCCAAACUUGUUCAUGACGCCACUGCAGAGAAGUGAGGACCGGCAGAAGGCAGGCAUCGCAUGGGCACGGAUCAGGGCCGCCUUGGACGUGCUGGGGGUGUCACCUGAAGAGCAGCAUGCCAUCUGGUGUGUGCUGGCCGCCAUAUACCACCUGGGUACAGCUGGAGCUACAAGAGCUGCAACAGGCAACAAAUUCCAGUUCAGCAAGCCAGGCAGUUCCCAGAAAGCGGCCAGCCUGCUUGGGACAUCUGUGGAGGAGUUAGCACGCUCCAUCUUCUACUCCACACCCACCACUCCUUCCUCCCGAGCCUCUUUCAGGACCACUUCCCCCACAGAGCGACCUGCAGAGAGGCCGGAGGGACUGGAGGCGCUGGAAGGAAUGGCCACUGGGCUGUACAGUGAGGCCUUCAAUGCCAUCGUGGCCCUUAUCAACAGGUGCAUCUCCACAUCAGCCCACACCUCCAACUCCAUCCUGGUGGUGGAUGCUCCCGGCUUCCAGAACCCAGCGUCUUGUGGCAGGACAUCUGGGGCCACCUUCCACGACCUCUGCCACAACUACACACAGGAGCGCUUCCAGAUGCUCUUCCACGACACCACCUUCACUGCACAGACUGACAGAUAUGCUCAGGAAAACAUUGAGUACGGUGAUGUGGCUGACGAGAUCGGCACCCCAGCGCCUCUCAUCGCCCUCAUAGACAAGGCUUCCUCCAACUGUGUGGUGCGGACGUCCCAGGUGGACCUCAGGGAGUCGGACCGGCGGGGGCUGCUGUGGCUGCUGGAUGAGGAGGCAAUCUUCCCCGGCGCCACCGAUCAGUCCUUCCUGGAGAGGCUGUACGCCCACUAUGGUGACCGAGAAUACUCCCAGCUGCUGAAGAAGGGAGCAUCACCAGAACAGUUCACCCUGCAACACUUCCAGGGCACCAAUCCAGUCACUUACUCCAUCCAGAACUGGCUGAGGGCAUCCCGAGAGAAUCCUGUCAUGAGGCAGGCAGCUGCUCUUCUGCAGGAGUCAAAUAAGGAAACACUGAGCCGUCUGUUUGUGUUCAGCCGAGGGCCCGUCAGCAACACCAUCAGCGGGUCGGUGGUGGGCAUUGAGGGGUCCCAGUCACUGCGCCGUGCCUCCUCCAUCAGAAGAGCCUUCACCACUGGUACUGCUGGUAUCAAGAGGAAGAGUGUGUGUCUGCAGGUCAAGUUUACUGUGGACGGCAUAAUUGAGAACCUGCGUCGGAGUAAGCUGCGGUUCAUCCACUGCCUGUUGCCGCAGCACAAUGCCGGGCUGUGUGACCUCAAGGGUCCCUCAUCAUGCCCAACAAGACCAACAAUUCCUGCGAGGAUAUCCUGCUCAAUGUGCCUCUUGUGCGGUCUCAGUUGCGUGGCUGCCAGAUCCUGGACGCCCUGAGGCUCCACAAGCAGGGCUUCCCGGAGCACCUGCAGUACAGUGAGUUCCGUCGCCGCUUUGCCGUGCUGGCCCCCACCGAGGCGCGCUCCCAGAACCCCGUGCUGGAUGAGAGGGCGGCUGUGGAGGCGAUCCUGGCACACCU